GUAAACCACAACUACAGCAUGUGCUGUUCAUUUAAUUUUUCCCGCAAUAGAAGGGCGCCACCAUUUUGGUAAAUAACACUGUACUAUUGCCAGUAAUCACUCAUGCGUAUCAUUGGUGGAAUUAUGUUAAUAGGCUGGCAAUGGAGGAGCGCAGACCAAUCAGGGCCGCGGAAUGCGGUGAGCCCUUUUCCUUAAUAUUGACAUUAAAUCCGCCAUUCUUCUCGCUGAUCGGUGAACAACUGUGCCGCUAAACUAUGCGCGAUUUCUGCCGAAAUAAUCGGCGUUCUUGACACAAAAAAACAGCCCCGGCGGUGGAAGAGAAGGCGCGAUGUCAUUUGAUGUUGCCGUGGAACCGGGAAAUGGGCCCGAGAAGUUGCAUAACUGGGGACAAUUAAACGGCCAAGAAGUGGCCGCGAUUGCCGAGUGCUCACAGGCGAAGUGUGAAUCCAGCAGCGGUGCGGCGGAGCUGCAGCUGCCAACGACGGCCAACCAAGACAUCGGGACAAGGCCGUUAGGCUUGGUCGCUCCAUUCAACCGGAACAAUUUGCAUGGAAAGAGACGGCCCAGGCCCGGCCGUCACAGACUGAACACGGUGAGUGUAGAAUUGCGCUCUUUCUUCGCUUGUGUAGUUGACUCCAUGCACAAGCGGAAGCGUUCCAGAGGUUAUGCCAACAAUGCUUUCUCCGCGGCCAGUCUGCCAGUCAGUAUGCUUCAACCUCGGCCCUUCCUCCCCAUCAACGCUCACCCUAUCAUGACCCAGGCGGACAUGGAAAGAGUCCUGGGGUUGAACCUGAUCAGUUCCCCGGCCAACUUGGCCCAACAGCAGCAGCUGCAGCAGCAGCGGCAGCAGGUACUCCAGCGCUGCUGCGGGUGUACGACUUGCACAUGCAACUGUCACGUGACACGUAAGGCCAAAAGCGACACAGGGUCUCAGACCUGCGAGGACGAUCUCAAACUGCCGACUAUGGAUCGCCAACAGCCGCCCACGGCGGUGACAAUUCAGGAACCCUGCUCGUCGCAACUCCCGAUUGAUCUCAGCAUUAAAGUCCAAGUAGUCCCGCCGUCGUCGGACAGAAAUAUUACUCAGGGUGACGUCGCUGGCAUCGACCAACCUCUCGAACUGACCAAGAGGCCCAAACGCUCCAACGGCAUGACGGGCCACCGGAGAGGAACGGUGAAGUUCCACCGGAUGAUCAACGCCAUGCAAGAGGCCAACCACCUGUACACCAAAGAGUACGGAUCGGCAGAAGAUGUGGACAUUAAGCCGAUAUUACUUAACAAACUCACUGAUCAGGAUCUGUUCCCUAAUGGGCAGGGCCAGGGUGAAGGGAGCCCAUCGAAGAUGAAAUGUGACGGUAUCAACCAGCUGGGCGGCAACUUUGCCAAUGGCCGCCCGCUGCCGGUGCACAUACGCCAACUCAUCGUGGAACUGUCCAAGAAGGGAGUGCGUUCCUGCGACAUCUCCAGACAGCUCAAGGUCUCCCACGGAUGCGUCAGCAAGAUCCUGGUUCGGUAUCAGGAAACGGGGUCUAUCAGGCCGGGCGUGAUCGGGGGAAGCAAGCCAAAAGUUGCCACGUCCACCGUCGUGGACAAGAUCGCCGAGUACAAGCGGGACAACCCUACCAUCUUUGCCUGGGAGAUCCGCGACAAGCUUCUCAUGGAGGGAAUGUGCAGUAAGGAUUCCGUGCCCAGCGUCAGUUCCAUUAACAGAAUCCUGCGCAAUAAAAUUGUGAAUGGACAGGUUCGCCAUGAACUGUCGCUGACAACCAAGAACGGCGCGGACAAGAUGAACAGCGACCCAGACCAGAGCCCCAUGACCUCGCCCACAAGCAUGACUUCCCCGAUGGCGUCGCCCACGUUCCGCCCCAACAUGAUGCCACACCCCCAUCCCCACCCCACCCUGACCAAGCAGCAGAUUGCCAGCAUGUCAGAGGCCCAGCGGGAACAGUAUGCUGCCUUCCUCCAGCUUGCCCAGUCCGCCUUGGCCUCCCAGGUCCAGGGUAACUUCCUCCCCUUCCCCGCCCCCGGUGGGCUCCCGGGGGGCUUGCCGGGGGCCGGUGGGGCCGCCGUCCCCCACCAGGGCUUGAACAUGCUGACGGGACCCUUCGUCGUGCCUAGUUCCACUCUCCCAGUCUCGUCGGCUAACCUGACCGGCCUCCCCACGUCCACCCUAGCGCCAGGCUUGAGCAUGGCUAACAGUAACACCCCUGUCUCCAUUCAUCCGCUGGUAACGGUGUCCAACACCCCCUUGCCUACCAUUGUCUCCGCCCUCCGCGGGGUGACGCCUGUCGCCUCCGCCACCAGCCCGUCCCCCGCUGCCUCCUCACCCGGCGCGACGGUCACCACCGAUUCUGCCUCAACGGCUACCACUGGGAGCCUGAUGCCUGCCACCUCCAUGCAUUCCAUCAAUAGCCUGAUUGCCACCGCCGCAGCGGCUGCGGCUAUACCGCAAGAAGAGACAACCGCCAGCAGUCCGCCAAAAGUGAAGGAAGAAGAAGUUGCCUCCACCCUGACUCAGCUCAGCACGCCCAGUGCCACCACCAGGUUGUCAGUACCCGGGGUGUCCCGGCCCCCAAUCACCCAGUCUCCGCAGAUGCCGUACAUUCACGUGGGAACCAGUGCCGGCGGCAUAACCAACCUUGCCUCUGUGGUCGGCUACAGCGGGGCCGGGGUUCUGGUCAAAGACGAAGCGACGCAGAAGAUCUUCCGGGUUCCGUUUGACAGCAGCAGCAUGGGGCCGGAGACCAGCAACUACUACCAACAACAACUUAUGAAUAUGACGAGUGAGUCAACACACCUACACAUGCCAUCUGCCCCACCGCCGCUUACCCCAGUCUCUGUCAUGUCGACAGUCAAACGGGAGAGCAUUGAGGUGCCCUGUAGCCCAGCUCAGCGUCUCGUCAACCCAGGACAAAAAUCCCCCAAAGAAGCUGCCAGUGCUGGCAUACCAGAAGAUGACGGUUCAUCCUCGGAGAGUGCUGUCCUGACCGAGCUGAAGCCAGCCUCGGUGCUGGGACUCCAAAUGCCAGUGUCUUCCUCAAACUCCAUCAUCAAGGCAGAACCUGUGUUUACACAAGGGUAAUAAACAUGAACCUGAAUUCCCUCUGGCAUGUUUGUCAUCCACCUCUACAGGUGGCCUGUCAACCCUGGCAGGUGUGGCCCAAAGGAUCCAAUCAGCUUUCCCGAUGGGCCAGGCGCAGCCUGAUUGGUCGAGGGUUGCCAGCGCUAUCAACAGAUAAGAUUCAUUCGGGAAUACCUACAUAUUCUGAGCAAAUCCACUGAAAUUUCCUCUCUUUUUUAGUUUGAGGGCAAAUGGAAUGUUAUUUAUUAUCUUUUUAAAAGGUUAAGCAGACCAUUGUGCAUUUUUUCCCCGUUUGAAUUAACAAAUGUGAUCUUAAAUAUAAAGACGGAUACUAAAUAACUAACCUGAUGAAGUUUGAGCUCUGUGAAUGCUGUAUAUUUCGCAAAAACAGAACAAACAUAAACACAACAUUCUGGAUCUUGAUUUCAAUUCCAAAAUGCCGAGUCGUAUUUUGAAUUGCGCCCUCUCAUGACACAAUAAUCCCGAAAUCAGCAUUCGGGACGUGAUUCUCAUUCACUCCAGCUGGUUGUAACCCGUUCACGGAUUUGCCCAAUUUCCAAACCAACUACAAAUUAGAACACAUCGGGGUGGAUUCACAAAAAAAUUCCACAAUGUGUUACUUGACACAUCUUUCAAAAUGACCUUCUUUUGUUGUUUUCUUCAAAAUGACAGCAUGCCAGAAGGAAUAAUUUCACAGGGAGUUUAAUAGUGUCAUUACUAUCUAUUUAAAGUAAGCUUUUUCACAAUAACUUGGUCGGUUACUGGAAAUGGUCUUCUCUACCUUUAAGAUACGGAAACAAAGCUGGGCACUAUAUGGUUUGGGAUAGGCCGUGUCCGAAACGGGCUUCCAGAGCUACGGCUACGUCUAUUGGCAGCGCGUCCCCGCGUAUUUUCAAUGGGCGCAGACCUAGACCUAGCUCUAGACAGUUGAUUCGGAUGCAGCCUAAAUUUGGGGAAAUACAAAAGAGUUUACUCAUUCUGAAUAGCGCCCUCUUGUGUCCACCAUGUCUCAUAAAGGCUAUUGGUGGCAUAGGUAUUGAGAUUUUGUUCCUGAAUGUUGCCUUGAGGUGCCUUGUUCUUUUCUGUGAUUGCAGCAAGAAAGUAUUCUUUUCUUUAUGGCUAUCGCGAUGUCUAAAUUUAGAAAUGUUUCAUUUUCGAGAGCCAUUGAGACUGAAAAAAAUGACUGUUUUUUAAAACAUGGAGCAGGAGGAAAAGUGGUUGGUUGAUGCUCAUGCAGUACCGAUCAAACAUUACUCAUUUUGCCAUUAAAAAAAAAAAAUAAAAAUCAUGCAGUAUUUGUUUUUGCUUUACCUCAUAAAUUUGCCGCAGUUCAUUGAAGAAAGUUUUGUUCCUAUGUCCACAGUAUUGUUGGUUAGCAAGAUGAAAAUGUGUAUUGAGCCAUGUUUGUAGUUAUCAAUGUCUCAUUUUAUGUUAUCAAGCUACUGUGAAUUUCUCGGAUAAAUUGAUUUUAAUUGUUGGGUUUUUUUGAAAGUGUACAUACACCUGGUCAACAUUUGUCAUGAACAAUUUGUACUCGAGGGUACA